CUCAAUUCAUUCAAUGGAUUCCUCCAGAAAAUCCCAUGCGAUUGUAGCGGUGGUUUUAUUGGGAUUAUUGUGUUUGACUGUGGUGGAUUGCCGGCCAUGUCAUCAGCAGCUUCAGGAUGCUCUCGAUUUUCCGGCGUUGAAUUGCCGGAAGCACAGUGCGGUUUUGACGGAUUUCGGAGGGGUUGGAGACGGGAAGACGUCCAAUACGAAGGUGUUUAACGACGCGAUUGCUAAGCUGAGCGAGAAGGCGAAGGAUGGCGGAGCGCAGCUGAUUGUUCCGCCGGGGAAGUGGCUGACGGGGAGCUUUAAUCUCACCAGCCAUUUCACUCUUUUCAUCCACAGGGACGCUGUUAUUCUUGCGUCUCAGGAUGAAUCAGAAUGGCCUGUUUUGCCUCCAUUGCCUUCUUAUGGAGAAGGAAGUGCCGGAAGGUACGGUAGUCUCAUUUACGGAGCAAACCUCACUGAUGUCGUGAUAACAGGUAACAACGGCACAAUUAAUGGGCAAGGUGAGCCUUGGUGGAAGAAAUUCAAAGAUGGUAAAAUGGAGUACACUAGACCAUGCCUGAUCGAGAUCGUGUUCUCUGAUCAAAUCCAGUUAUCAAAUCUCACAUUGAUUAACUCUCCUUCAUGGAACGUCCAUCCCACAUACAGCAGAAACAUAAUUAUCCAAGACAUCACAAUCCUCGCACCAUUUGAUUCUGAAAACACAGAUGGAAUAAACCCAGAUUCUUGCACAAACACAUUAAUCCAAGACUCCUUCAUCGUCUCCAGCGAUGACUGCGUCGCUGUGAAAAGUGGUAUUGACCAGUACGGAAUCCGAUUCAACAUGCCAACUCAGCAUCUCCUCAUCCGGAGACUCACCUGCAUUUCGCCGAGAAGUGCCGGAAUUGCCCUUGGAAGUGAGAUGUCAGGCGGAAUCAAGGACUACGUGUUCUGGAUAACUGGAGACUACGGCUCACAUCCCAACCCCGGUUGGGAUCCAAAGGCAUUACCGGAAAUCAAAGGAAUAAAUUACAGAGACAUGGUGGCGGAAAAUGUAACGUAUUCGGCAAGGCUGGAUGGGAUUGAGAACGAUCCAUUUACGGCCAUUUGCAUUUCUAAUGUGACAAUUUCAUUAACGGAGAAGCCAAAAGAGGUGCAAUGGAAUUGUACUGAUGUUGCCGGAGUUACAAGCAGGGUGACUCCUCCAGCUUGUAGUGCAUUACCGGCGAGUGAAAAAGAGAUCGAUUGCCCGUUCCCCGAAGACAAGCUGCCGAUUGAAGAGGUCAAGUUGAAGACCUGUUCUCUAGCUAAUUAAAAGAGAGUGAUUUUAGAAUUUAAAUAUCUAAAAUCUCUAAAAAUAUAGUUCUGUUUGUGUGUUACAGGAAUACCAUUUUUGGUAUGCUAGCUCUGUCUUUAAAAGUCAACAUAGAACGGAGUUUCAUAAAACGGCUCAGCCUUGAGAGUACUCUAGAACAGGCUCUUCGAGUUUACUGUUUAUCUUUAAGUCUUAAUAUUUAAGUAGUGUUUGUCAGAACUUUGAGUUUCAUAAAUUAUUUAAAUAUUU